GUUUAGAAGGUGUGAUCUCGUUAAAUCGGCCGCAGUUCGUCGGUGAUACGCCAGUACGUGUACCCGAAAUACGUGAAAAGUGACCAAAAUUGACGCAGAAGAACCAAAUCUACCGAUAACAGAUAAAGCAUGUCCUCGGUGCAAGUGCAAGUGCUGAAUCCGCCGCCGGUGAAAACGAACAAUGCAGGCCAUCACAAAAAUCCCGGCAAUUCGAAAAGGAAAAACAAACACGACAGGAGCAGCAGGAAGAGAUCAAAGAGCUUUUCCGGCUGCGGCAUUCUCAUCAACCAAAAACCGGUAUUACCGUCCAAGUUUCUACUGGGCGGCAAUAUCAAGGAUCCCUUGAAUUUGAACAGUCUCCAAGACGAAGAAAUUAACAGAGCCAUGAACGCAGUAACACCGAAAUCCUCACCAGUACCUACACCUCCGAGGAAAAAAGGCCAAUUGGACGUCAUCAUCCCAAAGAACAUCAGGGAUCCCCUGAAUUUGAUCGAUUGCGACGACGACGCCGAAUACGAACAACAACUUUGUUCCUCUAUCAAAAAGGCGAAGAAGAAGCGAUUGAAGAAGCGUCGAACGAUAUCGGCGACGAUGGACGCCGAAGACGUCCCGGCGGACGUGAGCGCCACCUCCGAGGCGACGGUGCCGGAGGCUUCGACCGAUUCGGCCAAGAUACCGGAGAUACCGGAGGCGGAGGCGGCGGCGGCGGCGGCGGCUGCCGUCCAGGCGAACGCGGCGCCGACGGCGGCGGCUGCGGCUGCGGCGGCGACGGCGGCGAAGCCCAAGGGCGGCGCCGAUCUGUCCAUAGACCUGUCGAAGAAGGAGCCGCAGAAGAAGCGGAAGAGCGACGAGCACGGCCAUCACGCGAUCAAGAAGUUCAAGAACAAUUCGAUGGACAAGAUCGUGAGUCCGGUGGUGCCGCAGCCGGGCGCUUGGUUGAAGAGGAGCAAUUCGGUGAACAAACGGGCCAAGUCGAGACAGGCGAAGCCGAUGGUCAAAGAUGCUAAAUUGCCAUUGUUCAAAGAUAAGGAUAAGCUGUUCCAGUACGGGAAUUACAACAGGUAUUACGGAUACAGAAAUCCGCACAAUGAAAUCGACCAUCGAAUGCGAGUCUUCUCUCAUCAUCCGUACCUAUUCGAAAACAAAGACAUAUUGGAUAUCGGCUGUAAUAUAGGCCACGUAACGCUAUCGGUAGCUAGAGAUUUCGGUGCCAAAUCGAUCGUUGGCAUCGAUAUCGAUCCGAAAUUGAUAUCCAUAGCGAGAAAGAACGUAAAGCAUUACGUCAAGAAGGAGGAGGCGACCGUCUCGCCGCUAAUAAUGCUCGAGAACGUAAUGCAGAAGCGGUCGCAGUCGCAAACAAAAAGUAGCUACCAUGAUAUGCAAAAUAAGGGCAAGGGGUUCCCUAAUAACGUCACAUUCAAGCAGUGCAACUACAUACUCGAAGACGAUAAUCUGAUGGCUCUGGAACAGCCGCAAUUCGACGUGAUCAUGUGUUUGAGCGUCACGAAAUGGUUCCAUUUGAAUUGGGGCGACGCCGGUCUGAAGCAGGCCUUUCGAAGAAUGUACGCUCAACUCAGACCGGGCGGUAAACUUAUCCUGGAACCGCAGAAUUGGGCCAGCUAUAAAACCAAAAAGAAACUUACGGAGACGAUUUUCAACAACUACAAUUCCAUCGAAUUCUUUCCGGAGAAGUUCAGAGAGUACCUGUUGUCUCCGGCCGUCGGUUUCGCCAAAGGGGAGAUCCUGGGCUAUCCGGUGCACCAGGCCAAAGGUUUCAGGCGGCCCAUACAGGUGUUCACCAAGAGCACGAUGUUCCCGAGCGAGAGGAUCGAGGCGACGCCGCAGAGCAUCACUCCCGUCGUCAGCAGCGGCGCCUCGGAUUCCUACAGGAUGAAAACCGAGAAGUACGAGAGCCAGACGCACGGGCCGUGCAUCGAGCACGUCUACACGGACAUGUUCGACGGCAGAUACUGCGGUUGCGCGGACGAUAGUAACGAUGUCAACGAGAAAAUCGUGGAGGAAUUGAAGAAAUCGAAGGCGAGCGUCGCGACGCCGGUCACGAGCAGCGAGCGUACUAUAACGAGCGAGGAGGAUUAUUCGAAGAGCAGUCCGGUGUACGUCAAUGUGGAAACGACGAGGAAUUCGGCUGAAGUUGAAGUGGAUAACGAGAAGAGCGAGAGCCAAGGAGAAGUCGCGAAGGAUGGUGAACCCCAGGUGUGGCCCGAUAAUACUUAAGAUGCGAAAUAAUCGAAUCGAGUUUUAUUAAUUGUACAUAUUGUUAAUAUUUUUUUUAUAAAUUGAGUUUAUACGCUUUUUGUACAUAUCUAUAAAGGAUGCCCCAAAAAAUAGUUGUAAGAAUUACAGUUUUUUUUUCAA